CUCAGCAGUCACAGCUGAAAAUGCAUGUACGCAGUCGCUUCUCUUUUUGUCGCUAGGCGAGUGGUGAACUUUUCAGCCUGAAUUCGCCGAAUUUCGUGGCAGGUUGGUCGAACGAGUCGGCAGGUGGUCGAAGCGGGACGCAGACACGCAAAUUGUGAGCCGAUCGAAUUGUCUUCACGCGAAUUCGGAGCACAAAACUUCACCGUGGCGAGCGAACGCAUUGUAGAAGGCAUGGCAGACAGUGCCAGCGAGAGCGACUCGAGUUCCAUCGACGGCGGCGGGCCGAUCAUGAUGCCCCCGUCGCCCGUGACCCGUGAGCAGCUGCACAAGCGGAUCGAGUCGCUGCAGCAGCAGAACAGGGUCCUCAAGGUAGAGCUCGAGACGUACAAGUUGAGGGUCAAGGCCCUGCAGGAGGAGAACCGGAAUUUGAGACAGGCCUCCGUCAUUAUCCAAGCGCGGGCUGAGCAGGAAGAGGAGUACAUCAGCAACACCCUGCUGAAGAAAAUCCAGGCGUUGAAAAAGGAAAAGGAGACCCUUGCGCAUCACUACGAGCAGGAGGAGGAGUGCCUCACCAACGACCUGUCUCGCAAGCUCAACCAGCUACGCCAGGAGAAGUGCCGCCUGGAACAAACUUUGGAACAGGAGCAGGAGUGCUUGGUCAACAAGCUGAUGAGAAAGAUUGAAAAGCUUGAGGCCGAAACCUUAGCCAAGCAGUCCAACCUGGAGCAGCUGCGCAGAGAAAAAGUUGAGUUGGAGAACACCCUGGAACAAGAGCAAGAAGCUCUUGUCAAUCGCCUGUGGAAAAGGAUGGACAAACUGGAAGCCGAAAAAAGAACACUUCAAAUUAAGCUGGAUCAGCCCGUGUCAGACCCUACCUCACCGAGGGACAUAAACAACGGGGACACAGCUGCUAACCUGAGUUCGCACAUUCAAACUCUGAGAUCUGAAGUGGUUCGAUUAAAAAAUCUUCUCUCCAUCCACCAACAAGAACAUACUGAAAAAAUGCAGCGUUAUGCCACGGAGGAGCGAAACAUUCGUGAGGAGAAUCUGCGUCUGCAACGCAAGCUGCAGCUGGAGAUGGACAGACGGGAGGCGCUUUGCCGCCACCUGUCCGAAUCCGAGUCGAGUUUGGAAAUGGAGGAGGAACGCCAUUACAAUGAGGCCAUAAUCGUCGGGGUGGCUGGUGGCAAUCAGGCUGCAGCACCUCCAGGUGUCCGGCCCCGCAGAGUUUCCAGCCCAGUCCCUUAUCCUUCGCCCAGCUCAUCUCGCCCUCUCAGUCCAGGUAUUGGUGGUUUGAGCAACACCGGCCGUUGCUUUGCAUGUGGUCAGCAGUCACCCUUUCCACCUAACACAAAUCUCUCGUCCUCACCACCACAUCACCCCAGUUCAGGAACACCAGGGAAUCAGCUCAAUCCACGUGUUCCGAGGGAAAGGUUCGUGAAGCCAGCUGUGCCUCCAGCAAGCCCUGGGUCUGCAGCUCCGACCUUAUCUGUCACUUCUCCGCACUCUCCUAUGGACAUCUCGAGGAGUUAAACAGCAGACCAAUUGUACGCUUCCUUUACUUGGCCUUGCUAGUCUUAUUGCGAGAAAGAGAAAAAAAAUCUGCUGCUUGAUUGUGUGUCCUUUCUUCUAAUCUCAAUCAAGUGUUCGCACAAUUUAUAUAAUUUCUGCCCUCAAUUUUUGGAAAACAAAAAAAGCAAGAUGGUCUGGCCUGUUCAAAAGGCCCGUUUCGACCGGUGAUAGGAUUCGAGUGAAUCGGAGCACUAUAUUAUAUGCUUUAAGAUUAUUUUUACUAGAUCUAAAUGAAAAUCACAAACUUGUUGAUGAGGUAUUUUGGUGUCCCAAUCGAAUGAAUACACAAUAAUAAUAUUAACGAAUCUUAUUACUCGAUGCGCGGUGCCUCCUGUGUGUAAAUAAGAUUAAUUUGUCUCUAAGACUUCUCGCAAGGAGCGUCCAUUCCAUUUUGUUAAACUUGAUUAAUUAAUCUUGCUGUUAGAUCAGACGUUUAAAUUAGUGGUUCAGUCACUGUGAUUCGACAAGGGCACCUAUUUAUAUCUGUGCUCGACACAAAGAUAAACUCCAGGUGGGGAAAAUCGACAAUGCUCUGCCGCAAAGAGUAGUUUUCUCCACAAAAUAUUAACUAAGUAAUUAGAGGCACAUAAAAAUAUUAUAUAUUAGGCUACAAUCCUGCUUCAAAUAUAGGGUCUGUUUCCCUUCCACUCGCCGAGUAGGUUGAUAUCAAAAAUAACUAGUGAAAAGUUUAUUCCACCGGCUCUGCAGACUCCGGAUAAUAUCUUGUAUUCUGAUGCCUAAAGUAUUACGUACACGUUGACAACAAUUCAAACACAUUGGAAAAUCCACCUUGGCUAUAAUACUAUGUGUAAAAUUGAAAAUUCACAUUUAUGGUGCUUUCCCUGCCUUCGUUUGCGGGACUUGUGUAUUUUACUAUGUAGAUCCGUGUCUUAGCAGAAAAUCAGGAGGACGAAAACAACUUCUAUUGAAAAUGGGUGUGUGCAUCUUACUGCAAUACAAUAAUGUGUAAUCCAUUUUUGUUGAAUGUGCUGGCGAAUUUUUGUGAGAAGCCAAGUCCAGUUAGAUGGUUUUAAAGAUGUUGAUUUGUCAAGGAAAUGCCAAAACAUAUUGAUCUGUCGAAAGAGCUUGAAUAUUGUAAAAAGGCGCUUACACUGUAGCAGUACAUAAAUAUUUUCAGAUAAGUAAGACUUAAUUGGGAUUCGGGAAUACCACCAGUUGUAAUAGGUUGUUGCUUCACGGCUUUCUUCGUAUGGAUAUAACCACAUAAUUAUUUUCUUUUGUCUAAUAGUAACUCGAACUGGUUGAUUUUUGACGCAGUACAUACACUUGCCCUUCCUCAAAACUGUUACGAGCCUUAAAUGUAGGCAAAAUUAAUUAACCAGAUGCAGAUUUGUCAUCAUCUCUGUCUAAUCAUUCGUUUCGCUGUAGCAUCACCGACAAGAAGAAGUAUUUCCUUAAGUUUUGUUACUUUUUUUCACUCUAGGGGUAAUCUCAGUUUUCGUUAAAAAUUAAAACGCGCACUAGCUCCUUAAUGAAUAUGGCAGUUGACUCCGAUUUUUAGUUUUUAAUGAUUGAAGAAGAAUGUACUUUAAUGUUUGUGCGCACCUAGCACAAUUUGUUGCGUUUGAUUUAAUUUCUUGCAUGUCAACAUUCAGUUGAAUUCUAUUUUUUACUACUGAAUGAUGUAUCUACUACUAAUGUAUGUCAAGAAAGAAAUAAAAAUCAAUACCAACCCUAAA